CUCGGGAAUUGGUUUGCAUUCCCCGCCAUUUUUCAUCAGGUCACGGUCCAGGCGCUGGUUAUGAUCAUUGUUAUUUUUCCCGGCGACUGGAUGAUUUUUGUGGCCUAAACUGCCCAGUUUCGGACGAGUUUGUGCGUGGAUUUCUCAGCAUUUCCGAUACAAGGUUUCCCAAAAGCGGCUUUGCGACCUAGCGCUAUUGAACUGGACUAUGGAUGUUGUGACAGCAGAUGAUGUGUUAUAAUAAAGGCGGGGAACCAAUAUUGGUUUAUUAGAGCUCAAUUUAGCUGCAGGAGGCGGUAAAGUUAUUAUACCUGAUGGAUAGCAAUGACAGUACAGUGACGUCUGGCUCGGAAAUGACGAAUUCUAAUGAAGAAAAUCCUCGCAUUAGGCUGUUGUGCAGUUAUGGAGGCAGCAUACUGCCCAGACCUCAUGAUGGGAAGCUUAGGUAUGUGGGUGGUGAGACCCGGAUAGCGAUUGUUAACAGGGAUAUUAGUUAUGAAGAGCUCAUGGCGAAGAUGAGGGAGCUCUUUGAAGGUGCUACUGUUUGCAAGUAUCAGCAACCUAAUGAGGAUCUUGAUGCUUUGGUCUCUGUGUUUAAUGAUGAUGAUGUGAUCAAUAUGAUGGAAGAAUACGAUAAGCUUGGGUCACGUUAUGCCUUCACAAAGUUAAGGAUCUUUCUUUUCUCGCAUUUUGAUCAGGAUGGGUUGCUGCAUUUUAGUGAUGGGGAUGCAAGGGAAAUUGAAAGAAGGUAUGUGGAGGCUUUGAAUAACAAUCUCAGUGAUUCCCCAGAAUAUAAGAACCAUGGCGAUUUUGGGUUGGAUGACAUUCACAUCGGGGAGCACUACUUUCCCCACAUGAAUCAUGAGUGCUGCCUCCAUAACCAGAGAAAUGCUGAGAUGCAGAUACCUCACAUUAACUUGCAUCACCUUAACAUUCCUCGUCUGGGGUUGGGACAACAGCAGAGAUACAAUGAGAUGGAUGCUCAGUGGAGUCCUAUUUAUUACUCUCCAAGGCAACCUGGACACGAACCAAGGCCAGUGGCAACCGAUGUUGCUUCUUCGCCUUCAUCUUCCCGUUACUACUCUCCAUAUGCAGAAGCUCAAGAGAAAAGCUACGAUAGAGCUCCUGAAGAUUAUUCUCGUCUGCAGGUUAAUUAUCAACCUUUUCACGAGCAACUUCCGCAAUACGCAGACAAUAUGUUAUUAUUUCCAAAUGGACAUGUACCAUCUGACAAAGUUAGUUUUGAAGGGAGCACACAUCAUUCACCCCAUGCACUUGAAGGAAACUUUAUCUGUGAACAUUGCCAGUUGACUUUCCAAAGAAAUCAACCUUACCCAGAUUCCCCUUGGAAGCCUGGGGAGAGACAGUAUCCGGAGUCAAAUAUAGGAAGUGGGCUUCAACUCGGUUGUAGUCCUUGUGCUGAAUGUCCUCCAAACAGGGAAAUGCCCUUGAGGAGUACAAAUGAAAACAUGCACCAUAUUUGCUAUCCAAGGGAACAAACUGAUCCUCAUGCUCUAUCCAAUGAUACUCAAAAUAACGAAAGAGGAUGUGUAGUGCAGCAUAACAAUCUACCUAAUACACAUCAUGUGCCACCAUAUUAUGUCCAUCAUGACAGCCUUUGCAGUAUUCAACAUGGGCAAGAGUUUGGUAAUAGGGUUUUUCUUGACCAUGUGGUGGACAAAGGAUCACAGGUACUUGUGCCACCAGUAGAUGAGUGUGGAGUUCGAUAUGGGAAUUCACCCUGUGCACAUGGAACAGACCCUCUUUACCAAUUACCACAUGGUCAUAUAGUUGCAAAUUCUAUGUGGAGAAAUGUUCAUGGACCAAUGCAUAGGGGUCCCUCCUACGAGGCAUUUGGUCCAACCCAGCUGGCAAAUGACUCAUCUGGUCCCACAUUGGUCAGAAGAUCAGUAGAAAAUAGUCCUAGUUUUAAAACUGGGUUAGAGAAUCCAAAUCCUUGGGUCGAUUUGUCACUGAAAAAGAUGGCAUUGGAUGAUCCUUCGUUGUCUGAAUGCAUUCAGGGACAAACAUUGAGAUUGACACCUAACGUUCUUGAUCAAGAUAGUCAAUCUGCUUAUACCCCUGAGCAGGCAAAAUCAUCCUCUGAAAUGCUCAACCUAGUGGCUUCUGUGGAUUCACUAGUGAAAGCUGACCAAGUUCUGCUUAUUGAUGAUAAGGUGGUAGGUUCGAUUAUGACUGGAGCGUGUACAAGGCAUUCUGAUGUUGAUUCUGGAGAUUCCAAGGCUUUGAAUGACAUUCCUGUAGAAUUCACAAUGGCUAUGUAUACCAUAAAAGGCAACAAUGAUUCUGUACGUGACAGUCCAGGUUUCAUACCUGAUUUGGUUGCAUCUUCCCUGAAUAAUGUCAAAGAAGUAAGAGCUGAAGUUCUGGAAGAUGCUCUUGCUGUCAUUAAGGAUGAUAAAACUACAAAACUAGGAAUCGGGGAUGAGCCAGAUGCAGUGAAGAGGGAAGCUCUUGGAGGCUCUGAGAUAGAUUCUGACAAUGAUAACGAGGAUAAUUCAAAAAUUGAGCCAACUGAGGCAGAGGCAGAGGCCAUUGAAAGGGGAUUGCAGACAAUUCAAAAUGAAGAUCUCGAGGAAAUCCGGGAGUUGGGAUCAGGCACAUAUGGUGCUGUUUAUCAUGGGAAGUGGAAGGGGUCAGAUGUGGCUAUAAAGAGAAUCAAAGCUAGCUGCUUUGCUGGAAGACCAUCAGAAAGGAAACGCCUGAUCGCAGAUUUCUGGAAGGAAGCAUUGAUACUCAGUUCAUUGCACCAUCCAAAUGUUGUGGCAUUCUACGGUGUAGUUCGUGAUGGCCCGGAUGGAUCACUGGCAACACUGACAGAAUUUAUGGUGAACGGAUCCUUAAAGCAAUUCUUACGGAAAAAAGACAGGACCAUUGAUCGUCGCAAGAGGCUCAUCAUUGCUAUGGAUACUGCAUUCGGAAUGGAGUAUUUACAUGAAAAGAAUAUUGUACACUUUGAUCUUAAAUGUGAGAACCUUUUGGUGAAUAUGAGGGAUCCACAUCGACCAGUAUGCAAGAUUGGUGACCUUGGUUUAUCAAAGGUAAAACAGCAAACUUUAGUUUCUGGUGGUGUUCGUGGAACUUUACCUUGGAUGGCGCCUGAACUUCUUAGUGGAAAGAGUAACAUGGUCACUGAAAAGAUCGAUGUUUAUUCUUUCGGAAUUGUCAUGUGGGAGCUGCUGACGGGUGAAGAACCUUAUGCAGAUAUGCAUUGCGCUUCUAUAAUUGGCGGUAUUGUGAACAACACCCUGCGCCCAGAGAUCCCAAUAUGGUGUGAUCCUGAAUGGAAGUCGCUUAUGGAAAGUUGUUGGGCUUCUGAUCCUUCCGAGAGGCCAUCUUUUUCUGAAGUUUCCCAGAAAUUAAGAAGCAUGGCUGCGGCCAUGAAUGUGAAAUGAUCCUUGGUUCACUAGGUUCUUUUACUUUUCGAAUCGUUUACCAGCUACUGUUUUUGUCCAGGUAACAGUGUGAAGCAUUAGAGUGUGUAAACAGAAGGAUAUGUAGUUCGUAGUUUUGGGUCUAUAACUUGUCUCAAGGCUGCACCCGAUGCCUUAGGAAAGCUAUGCACAUUACAAUUCAUGGAUUUAUAUGUCAGUUCAUAUGUUCUAUGAAGAGAACUGCAACUGCAAUUCUGGAGGCUGAGUGUAAUUACUUUCAUGUUCUUUAGAUAAAAACGUUCUUUGAUGAAACUGUGUAUUUUGUAUCAAUCUAGAGACGUCAAGGGGAAGAGGAGGGGGGUAUUUGGUACUUUUGUUGCGAGCUUUAGCCAGUUGGCCGUAAUUUGUAAUAAAAGACUAUAUUAACUCUGGCAAUUUGCAGGUUAUUUAUUUGUUCAUCUGGGUUCUGCUAUCUAGUCCUACAUUAAUCAUUUACCUGCAUGAGUUUAUAUU